AAUUCAGCCCACUUACAUCUCCUGACCUCACCAUAAUGUGGCGAAAUUCUUGGAUAUAAAUUGCGUCCAAGAAUGCCUAACAUCAACAGUUGUUCUAGUAACGUCUAGUAAACAUCAAAUCAAAACCAAAAUGUUCAAACUCGUUGUCGUCUUCGCUUUGAUUGCUGCCGCUUUGGCAGCCCCAGAAGCCGCCCCAAAGGCCAAAGCUGAAGCCAAAGCCAAUCCCGGAGUUGUGGCCGCUGCUUACACCGCUCCAGUUGUUGCCGCUCCUGCUGUAGCUUAUUCCGCUCCUUACGCCGCUUACGCUGCUCCUUUGGCCUACUCUGCAGGAUACGUUGCACCAUCGGUCUACGCUGCAGGAUACUCGGCUUACUCUGCGCCACUUAUUGUUUUCAUCACCCUCCUCAGUAUCGCUUUCGGAGCUCCCGAGCCCAAAGCUGAUCCCAAAGCUGACCCGAAAGCUAAACCAGGUCUUGCUUAUGCAGCACCUGUAGUCGCCGCUCCUGCAGUCGCCUACACAUCGGCUUACACCGCCCCUCUUGCCUAUUCAGCAGGAUACGUUUCACCAUACGCUGCCGCUUACACUGCCUAUUCUCCAUACGCUGCGUACCCCGCGUACUCUGCCCCCUUGGUUGUUGUAUAAAUUGUAAAUGUUGAAAAUUAGCCCAAAUAAAACUUAUAAACAAAA